AUGGGCGAGAGAAUUGCGCUCCUCCUGCUGCUGCUGUUGUUCGUCCUGCAAGUCCUUGGAUCGAUGUCACUGAUCAAGCAAGAUUGUGGAAGAAGUGUGAGAAGGUCCAGGCAACCACGAGCCGGAAUGCUUGGAAGGAUAAUUCAAGGGAAGCAAAGCAAAAGAGGCGCCUGGCCAUGGCAAGUGUCUUUGCAACUGCUUCAUCCUCAGUUCGGAUUUUUGGGUCACUGGUGCGGAGGCGUUAUGAUUUCAUCGGAAUGGCUAUUAACGGCUGCUCACUGCAUCAGCAAUGAUCUGUUCAAUUUGCCAUUAGCCGCUUUGUGGACGGCUGUAAUAGGGGAAUGGGACAGAGAAGUGGAGGAAUAUUCUGAGCAAAGGAUUCCAAUCGAGGAAGUCAUCCUGCAUGAAAGAUUCCACAAUUUUCAACAUGAUAUAGCGCUAAUGAAAUUAUCGCGUCCUGUAAAAUUUACAAGGGACAGCAGAAUUAGAGCCGUGUGCCUGCCGACUUCGAGGCUCCUGCACAACCAAACCGAUUUGUGCUAUGCAACGGGCUGGGGCAGGGCUACAGAAGACGGUAUGUUAUCAGUAAGAUUGCUAGAAUCUAGAGUACCAGUGCACGAUAACGCCGUGUGCAGGAAGAAGUACGGUCACGCUGUUCCAAUUAAAUCUGGUCACUUAUGCGCUGGGCAUUUAGACGGUUCCAGUGGAACGUGUGUGGGAGAUUCCGGGGGACCUCUGCAAUGCGCUAUGCAGGACGGUAGAUGGAUACUGGCUGGGAUCACCUCGUUCGGUUCAGGAUGUGCAAAGCCUGGUUUUCCGGACGUUUACACUAGAUUAUCGUAUUAUUUGCCUUGGAUAAAGUCGAAGACGAGGUCGCCACGAAGGACGGGAAGGGCGAACGAAGGUUUCGAGGAUGAUCAGUGA